AUGUAAAUAUAGUUUCUUGUGGACCUAACUAAAACUAGUCGUAACUCAUUCAUGGAGGCUUUGUUCUGCUCUGAGAUACCCAACAACAACAUCAGAUCUUCCAUUAACGAUCUCUCUUCUACUUAUACAUGGCCAAUGAUCAUGACCUCCUCUUCUUCUUCUUCUUCUUCAUCUCCCACAAUCAUGAACAUAGAGAACAUUCCUAGAUGCGACUGGGAUCUCUCUCUCUCCGCAGUUGUUUCCUCCGCAUCCACCGGAUCAGACGCUAUCGGAGCAAUCGAGUUUGACCCGACCGGAGAGAUCAUAGCUACGGGAGGUAUCGCAAGAAAGAUCAGAUCGUAUCGUUUAAGUUCUUUGUUAGAGUCACGUGAUGAUCACGUAACAGCUUCAGAGAGCUGUAUCUGCACGCCGGCGAAGCUUAGUAGUCUCAAAUGGAGACCCGAUUUAUCCGGUCGGGUUAUAGGGUCAGGAGAUUACGACGGAGUUGUCACAGAGUACGACGUUGAGAAACAAGUGCCUGUUUCCGAGAGAGACGAGCAUGGAGGUAGAAGGAUUUGGAGCGUGGACUACACGCUUUACAAUGGCUCUCUUAUAGGCGCGUCGGGCUCCGACGACGGAACGGUUCAAAUGUGGGAUCCACGUAACGGAGGGACGUUGGAAGAAACGGUUAGGCCCGGUGGUGGAGCGGCGAUUUGUUCGGUAGAGUUUGAUCCAUUCGGUGGAUCUUCUUUAGCCGUUGGAUGUGCUGACCGGAAUGCUUACGUGUACGACAUCAGACGACUCGUUGAGCCUCUACUUGUAUUAGACGGUCAUACCAAAACGGUGACGUAUGCUCGGUUCAUGGAUUCUCACACGAUCGUUACCGGUUCGACCGACGGGAGUUUGAAGCAAUGGGAUAUAGAUAAUGGACGGCGCGUGGUUCGCACGUACCGAGGGCAUGUUAAUAGCCGGAACUUUGUUGGGUUAUCGGUUUGGAGACAUGGUGGUUUGGUCGUGUCUGGAUCGGAGAAUAACCAAGUGUUUGUGUACGAUAAGAGGUGGGAGGAACCGGUUUGGGUUUGUGGAUUGGGUCAACCGGACCGGUUUGGGGCUGACCGACGGUUUGUGAGUAGUGUUUGUUUGAGACAAGUGGAUGAAGACUGGUGCACACUUGCUGCUGGAGGAUCCGAUGGGGCUUUAGAGAUUUUCUCGGGCAAACGGAGCUAAUCAGUAUUUAUAUUAUUUUUUUCUGCUCAUGAUUGAUACAAACUGUUUUUCAGUUGAUUUUAUAAACGGUCUAUAGUUAU